AUGGAUUUGAUCUCUUGCUAUUUGUUGCUGGUUACUGGAGCUCUUUCGGUAGCCUGCACGAUGAUUUUGUGGUUUCCGAGUACGCCAUCGAUUGUCUCCGGACUUACGCUUUAUGGGAAAACGACUCCAGCGGGGGAUUCAAUGCCACUCGUUCAACGAGUUUCGGUACCAAAACGAUGGUUCACCCACUUCUACAUUUUGGCAGUGAUAUGGACAGGAUUCUGGCUCGAAUACGCGCUCGCCGUGUCAUAUGGAUAUACAUCACCGACAAAAUGGCAAACAAAUGCUCUGGCAGUACUCACGAGGACUAAACCGCAUUAUAGUUGGACGACCGGAAUGUUGGCCUUAAUAUUAAUUAUGAUCCACGUCACUCGCAGGUGUCAGGAAUCGCUUUUUGUGUCAAUUUUCUCAAACGCUACCAUGAACGUUGCUCAUUACGUGAUUGGAAUCACCCACUACAUUGUUUUGCCGUUAACAGUUGUGUCGGAAAUGAUUGGCAUUGCUUCAACGCGUAAAAUGACGUCUCUCAACUUCGAUUUUUUGGAGAUCACAAUCACUCAGUGGGCUGGUGUAGUGAUUUUCCUUUUUUGCAAUUGGCAACAAAAUUCGAUCGCUCAUCGGCUUGCUUCAGCACGACGCGGAGCCACAGGAUUGGUACACAACUAUGGUCAUUGCGUAUACCGAGGUGGAUGGUUCGACUACGUUUCUUCGCCUCACUUCACCUUCGAAGUCCUUAUCUACCUGGGUUUGUGGCUCGUUCUUGGAGUUCACGCAGUCACGUUUAAAAUGCUAGUGAUGUUUGUAUGCGUCAACCAGAUGUUUGCUGCGAUGAUCACACAUAGAUGGUACAAAGCGAAUUUCAAAAAUUACCCACCGGAACGUCGAGCCAUCAUUCCGUAUGUUUUA